UAGUUGCCAUUUAUGCUGUGAAACAAUACAAUGAAUUGAACUGAAAAUGACAAAAGUCAGUUGUUUGUCUCUUAAAGGUUGGUAUUGUCUCGGCAUCCAAGUACCAUUUCCCGUCCUCGUCAUGUUUUUUUCAAAGUUUUGCUAGCUCAUUAUUUCUUCAGCCUCUCAGCAAGAUGGACAGACUGUUUCUUCAAACAAGCAACAGGGAAAGUAAAUGAGAAUGUGAGGCACAACAACCUGUAUUUAAAUAAUAUUUUUUUUUCUUUUGGCAAGCAACUGCAUUUUCCCCACUACAAUAUAUUUGCCUCCACCAUUAUAAAGUUGCAGGACGUGACGUGGUGCUUAUUUUCCGUACAGAACAGAGCUUUCCAAUUCAGACUUUUGACAGAAGAGACCAGGUGUCAGUUGGAAAGGAGAUCUACAAUUAACCAUCCAUGGCCUCGGUGGAGCUACAAAUCUCAGCUUUUGUGGUGGCACUCAUGGGUUUAUGCACUGCCAUUGUUGCCACUUUGCUACCAAACUGGAAGGUCAAGGCAGAUACCGGGGCGAACAUCAUUACCGCAGUUACUCAAAUGCAGGGUCUUUGGAUGGACUGCACGUGGUAUAGUACUGGCAUGUUUAGCUGCACUGUGAAAUACUCCAUCCUUUCACUCCCAGUUUACAUCCAGACUGUGAGAACUACUAUGGUCCUAUCCUGUAUAUUCUCCACUUUGGGAAUCUGCAUCUCCCUGCCAGGAUUGAAAUGCACAAAGCUAGGAGGUGACCGACACACUAAAAGCAAUAUAGCAUUUGCUGGUGGGACAUGCUUUUUGCUUUCUGGACUCUUUGGUAUGAUCUCAGUGAGUUGGUACAUGAAAGAGAUAAUCUCCAGCUUCUUGGAUCCAUCCAUUCCAGUGAGUGGAAAACAUGAACCUGGAGGAGCAGUAUAUGUAGGCUUCAUCUCUGCUGGGUUACACAUUGUAGCUGGUGCAGUAUUCUGUGCAUCCUGCCCUAAACGACAGCAGAACAAAACACAAUCCCGUCCAAAAAGAGAACUCGAGCCAGCAGCUGAGCAGUCAGAAAACAACAACAACAACGGAAGCUACAACCUCCAGGACUACGUGUAAAUGAACAACACAGAGCUUUUACCGAUGUGAUAUAUUUUCUUCC